AUGUUAUAAUUAAAGGUUUCAGCUUUACCAUAAAAUCCACACUUAAUUAACUAAAUUGAAUAAUUCAUAAUAGACUCCAACACUUUGAUAAGAAAUGUAAGUUCUCUCUCUAAAUUAGGGAUAUUAUCGGAAAUGUGUAAUGCAUUUAGAUGGCUAAUAUAAAAAACUCCUACCAAUAGAAUCACCUUUACUUUUGAGGAUAAAAGUAUUGAGAAGAUUAUGUUAUUGUACGAUAAUGUAUUUCAAACUGAAAAUUAACAAAGGUGAAGUUAAUUAAGGCAAAAAUUAAUUCAUUCUUUGGACAAGAUUGUAAUUAUAUCUGAGAGAUUUUCAUGAUAAUAUUUCUCUAUUGAAGAUAUAAUAUAAGAGUAUGUGAUAUUGAAAUUCUUAUUUAGAAAAGUUUUAUACUCAAGAACUGAUAUCUUUAAUAAUUAAGGCUAUAUUGUUUAGAUCUCUAUAUUAUUAAAAAAAUCAAUUAGUAGCCAGAGGUCUAUUAUACUUAAAUUAUUUAUGUGGAACAAUAAUUGAAUAAGCUUUGAUAGAUAAAAUAACGGUUUUCUUAAGUUUAUAAGGGUAAGAUAGUGUUCAUAUAUAAAUUAGAAAAUAUAAUUUGAUUACUGGAAAUAGCUACUUUCAAUUGUAAAACUAUUCGACUGCUUUAAAAUAUUAUCUUAAAGGACUUGAUAUAUAUUAAAGAAAUUUGAUCAUAAUUUAUAAGGAAAUCACUCUUACAUCUUUGGAAGAGAUUAAGAUGACUCUAAAUUAUUAUGUAAUUAAUAAUUAUAUAAAAAGACUAAAGAAAUAAUAUUGUCUUUGUUUUUAAUAGCAUUAGUAUAUGAAUAAAUGAAUGAUUUUCUAAAAUACCAAGAAACCAUAAAAAUUAUGACUUGGGUAGAUUCAAAUUAUUAACCAGAAAAUUCAAUUGGGAAAUUAUAUUUUUAAUAAUGUAUUGAUAAUACCAGAUACAUUUAAUAUGCACUUGAGAAAGCUGAAAUCUCAAAAGUAUUGAAAUAAGCUUUACCAGAAGAGGAGACAUCUAAAGUACCAGGAGAGGAAGAUUAAUUAAAUUAUUACACUAAUUUACUUUAUGAAUUCAGUGAAUUUCCAAAAAUAAGAAAACAAUAUUUUUAUUACGAUAAAUCAUAACUACCUUAUACUUCAGAAAUAGCAGAGAGUGAUACUUAAUUAGAAAAAUCAAGGGCAUUUAAAACUAAUGCUAGUGUUUAGAUGGUCUAUAAAUCAUAACCAAAUGAAAAUGAAUCAACUACAUUAUGUAGGUCUGCUCUAAUGAAAACUAAAAAUUCAGACAAUGGAUUAUCAACAAGAUUUUAAACAGAAUCAGAAGGAUUCUCAUAAACUAUGAUUCAUAUAUAAAAGUAAAAGAAAUUGAAAAAAUAAGUUAAUAAAGAAGAUGUCACAUUAUAAGUGUAUUAUGGCAAGGCAAUUGAGAAGUCAGUUAAAUUAUAAGAAUUAGAAAGUUUAGCUGAAUAACACAAUUAAGAUUUAGUUUAAUAAUAGAUUGACACACUUUCUUUUGAUAAAAAAUUGAAGUUAUCAAAAUAAUAGAUUUGUAAAUAUGUUUAUUAUUUUAAAGAAUUUAAGAAAAUAUUUGGUUGUAUUGAUUUGAAGUAAGGUCCCUUUGAAAUUGAAACAAGAGAAUCAAGAAAGAGACAAUAAAAGUAAUAAGCUAAAAACAUCAAUUAAUUAUAAUCAUUAUUAAGCAUACAAAUUUAGAUUAAAACAAAGACUGAAUAAUCUUAAUUGUUAGAGCAAUACAAUAAAUAAAGAAAAGGAAACUUUUAAUCGGCACCUAAUAUAUUUUAGCAAUUGCAUAACAAACAUAGAUAAAAUAAAGAUAUAAGAGUGUAGGAAAAAUCAAUAAUCACUAAUAAAGAAUUUAGUAAAGAUAUAGGAAGUCAUCAUAAAACCUAAGAUGAAGAACAAUUAAUUAGAUAGAUAAAUAUUAAUACAAAAGAAACAAUUAAAUAAAUGAUGGAUGAAAAAGAAAGUAUAAUUUAAUCAAAACCAUUUUCAACUAGACGAUCAUCUUAAAAUAAUAAUAUUAAGUAUGUAGAUAUAUAAUUUAGAAAUAAUAUAUUAUUUGAAAAACUUAUCUCAAAGAAUGACAAUUUAGCACAUACAACAGAUUAAAUUAGUAAUUCUAAAAAGGUUAAUUCAUUGAAAUCUUUAUUGGAAGUACCUAGAAAUAAUUAAAAUUAAAAGAGAAUGACUACAAUUUUAUCAACUAUAACUCCUAGGCCUACUAGUAAAAUGAGUUCACAUACAAUUUUACCUAUUUGUUGA